UCAACCUCUGUCGUAAUAGUCCUCUUUGACACUCCUUCCAGCGAUCCCCGAGGGUUGCACAAUGCUGGCCAGAACUUCUUUGGCCGCAACUUUCCGACCGACGGCGGCGGCGACCACCCCCGUCGUGCUCGACUUCCUCGCACCAUCCACGCUGCAACAGAGCCGUCGCCUGUACAACUCCACCGCCACCAAUCAUUUCCCUUCCACAAGCCCGCCAGCCCCGAAGCAUGAUGCCCAGAAACCGAGAUACGCCCUCACCGCGAAGCAACGCGAAUUCCUCGACAGCGCCCUGCGGGUCAACCAAGCCGGCGAGCUGGCGGCGACGCUGAUCUACACGGCGCAGACGCCACAGGUCGUGCGCUCGCACCCGCACCUCCGGCCGCUGAUGAAGCACAUGUACGACCAAGAGGUUGGACACUUCGACACAUUCAACCAGCUCAUCGCCAAGCACCGGGUCCGGCCGACGGCGAUGUACCCGGUCUGGUACGCGGCGGCGACCUUUUUAGGCUGGUCCACGGGCGUCAUGGGCCGGGAGGCCGCCAUGGCCUGCACGGAAGCCGUCGAGACGGAGAUCGGAUCGCACUACAACGACCAGGUGCGGGAGAUCCUGUCGUGGAAGGCCGAGGCGGAGCGCCGCGGCGAAGAGCUGGACCCGGAGCUCGAGGAGAUGCUGACGAACUUCCGGCGCAUCCGCGACGAGGAGCUCGAGCAUUUGGAUCACGCGGUUGAGAAUGAUGCCAAGGAGGCGAAGCCGUACGAUCCCCUAGUCAACUUCAUCCGUUAUGGAUGCAAGGCUGCUAUCAAGAUUAGCGAGAAGGUCUAGAUGGAGCCUUGCAAAAACGUUUCUGGAGCGACAUGGUGUGUUCCCGGCAGCUGGGAGAGUCUGGCGUUUACGGCAUUUUGUGUACGAUGUACGAUACGGUUCACGGUUGCCCACUAUAUUAUAUUUCAUGGAUCCAUAUGUAGUCUAGUCUAUAAGAUGCAGACGGCUGAUCUAUUUUCGCUGCAAAGCAAGUCGCUCAGGUGGUGGU